AUGGCGAGCCAUCUUGUGCUCUGGGCCUUGCUCCCGGUUGGCGUGUAUCUUUUGGCGACGGUGUGGCAUCGCAGGUUCAAGCAGUAUGCCCACUUUCCACAGCUUAAGCCGUCUUUUAUUUGGGGACACAUGAAGACCAUUCAUGAGUUUACAGUCAAAAACAAUGACCUCCCUGAUCUGCAUAUUGACUGGAUCUUCCGUGACAUGGUCAAAGCUGCCGGUAACCCUUCUGUGCUUCUCGUCGACCUCUGGCCAGCCAGGUAUCCCAUGGCCGUCAUUUCGUCUCAUGAGGUGGCCGAGCAGCUGUCGAAAGCGACGAAGCAGUAUCCUUGGAGCGCCCCAAAAUCUCCUACCAUAGCCGACCUUGUGGACCUCAUCGGGCCUCACUCCAUCUUGUCCAAGCAGCGAGAGGAAUGGAAGUCGAUGAGAAAGCAGUACAACCCUGGAUUCGCGCCGAAGCACCUCAUGACCUUGCUCCCCUGUAUCAUUGACAAGACUGAGAUCUUCCUCGGUAGACUGAACAAGCUCUGCGAAAAUGGCCAAUCUUUCCCCUUGACCGACCUCAUUAUCAGCUUGACAUUUGACAUCAUCGGGGCGGUGACGAUGGGCAUCGACUUUGACGCCCAGAUCCCCGACUCUUCCAGAGAGGGCGAGUUCAUCAGGGUUUAUGACCAACUAGUCCAGACAUUUCAUGGAAGAAGCAACAUGCUUCCGUGGUGGUGUUAUCCAAAGCUGGCCCUCAAACGAUUCCGUCUUGGGAAAAAGGUCGAUUCCCUUCUGGAACAGAUGAUUCGGCUGAAGCAUGGCGAGGAGCAGCCACAGGAAAAGCGCAGUGUGCUGAGCCUGUCACUGCAGGGACACGACGUGCUCGACGAGCAGCUGCUGGCUCAGACAAUCGAUCAGGUAAAGACGUUCCUGUUUGCAGGGCACGACACGACCUCGAUUCUUCUCGCUUGGGCAUUCUACUUUCUUCACCGGUACCCCAAAGCGCACGAGGCACUAGUUGCAGAGCUGGAUGCCCUCUUCGGCCCCGAAUCAGGUGAAAGCUUCGAGCUGAUGAAGCACAAGCUGCUGAGUCCAGGAGGGGAUGAAUUGCUCAACAACAUGGCCUACACCACCGCCGUCAUCAAGGAGACGCUGCGCCUAUGCCCACCAGCUGGUACGGCAAGGAUGGCGCCACCAGGAAGCAACUUCGUUGUCCACACCCCUGAAGGACAACACCUCUGUCUCGAUGGCAUGGUGGUUUAUAACUGCGCCACCAUCAUACAGCGAGACGCUCAAGUGUUUGGUGAUACUGCGGACGAGUUCAUGCCCGACAGAUGGCUAGGCGACAAGAGCGGGAUUAUGAGCUCGAGCAACGACGGGGACAGCACCAUCGAAGAAGACAGACGGUUUCCCGCCAGCUCUUGGAGACCGUUUGAGCGCGGUCCCAGAAACUGCAUCGGCCAGGACCUUGCCACGAUCGAAGCAAGGGUCAUCAUUGCGUUUGUGGCAAGAAAAUACACCUUUUCCAAGGUGGGCUUGGGAGAGCUGGAAAGGAAUGAAAAGGGAGCUUUCAUUCUUGAACCAACACGAAAAUGCCGUCUCAAGGGCAAACCAGUGUACAAUGUAAGCUUGUCUGUACAUACCUAUUUCACAGGUUUACCACUAACACGGGUUGCCAGAAUCAACAGGUAA